CAUCUAUGUCAGCCCUAUCUGUGUAGUUGACAUGGUGCCAUUGCUGUAACCACGGCAACUCCAUCCAAGUCUAGUAUUUCCGUGGUAUAUGGUAUCAUUUGACGGUUUACACUGUAGGUAGUCUACCAGUCAACCAGGCAAAUGGUUUGUCCGUCUGAUAUUGUAGGCUAUAGCCUCCCUAUUCACGUGGUUAGACCGACCCUACAUUGGGUUCCAGUCUCUUCUCUUUCAUUAGCAAGGUACUUUCGGAUUUCUCUGUGAUAUGGGAGGGAUGAUGCUGAGGUGAGCGCAGCUUGCAACCAGUUUGUCGGGGCUCCUCAUCAAUCGUCGGAUAGGAUAGUAACAUCACAUUUGCUCAAUGAGAGCACAAGGACACGAGAGAGGAUACUGAAUUUCGACCUGGUGCGAUAACGUACCGUUCUAUGUACCUCUAUAUAAGUGAUGAGGAUGUCAUCCAGGUAGCAUUGCACUCCUGGCAAUCCACACAAGAUCUGACUCAUCGCCCUCUGGAACAGCGCGGGUGCACUACCAAACGGUUGACGACAGUACCUGAAGAUCCACUUGUGUGUCACGACGAGGCUAAUAUGAAGACAUCAAUGGGCAAGCCGGACCCUGGAAAGCUUCUGGAAUCCUCCCAUGUUGUUUGAAGCCUAAGGCAGGACCAAACCAUUGACAGUGAAGACACACACACACACACACACACACCACAGAGAUGGGUUUGGACCAGCCCUGCUUGGAUAUGGUGGUGCAAAGGCCCUUUCUGGGUGCAACAUGUAAUAGGCACCGCCACCAGAACCUGCGCAGAAAGAUGAGGCCCAUACGAAUCCUGGGUUUUGUAUUCAGCCUGGUAGCCAUAAGCGCUAUCUCCUUUUCCUUCAGUGCCUUGACCUGGAGCUCAGGGACCUACUCAGAGCCGCUCCGGCCCCAGGAGGCCAUCCUUCAGUCUGGCCCAACUCCACACAGGACUCUACUUUCCACACAGCACCAGAGGGACCCCAAUGUCUCAGCCGACAUUCCCGUGGCAAUGAGGUCUUCGGCAGACGGCAACGAGAGCCAGGGGGACUACCCCACGGACCUGUUCACCCUGGAGGAGAGGCGCCAGGGCGCUGUGGUGCUCCACAUGUUUGGGAUGCUGUACAUGUUCAUCUCUUUAGCCAUUGUGUGUGAUGAGUUCUUUGUGCCCGCUCUGACAGUCAUCACAGAGAAGCUGGCCAUCUCUGAUGAUGUGGCGGGGGCCACCUUUAUGGCGGCAGGCGGGUCGGCGCCGGAGCUCUUCACUUCAGUCAUUGGUGUAUUCGUCUCCCACAGCAAUGUGGGCAUCGGGACCAUUGUGGGCUCAGCUGUCUUCAACAUUCUCUUUGUCAUUGGAAUGUGCGCCAUCUUCUCCAGGGAGAUCCUCAAUCUGACCUGGUGGCCCCUCUUCCGUGACGUCUCCUUCUACAUCAUGGACCUGAUCAUGCUCAUCUGUUUCUUCCUGGAUAACUACAUCUCCUAUUGGGAAAGUAUUGUGCUACUUUCAGCCUAUGCCGCCUAUGUGAUCUUUAUGAAGUUCAACAGCAACGUGGAGGGCUUCGUGAAAGGCUGCAUGAACAAGAAUCAAGUGGUGGAGGUGGAAGUGCAGCCCAAGGCUGUGAGUCCCGAGGCACCAGAGGAUGAGAGCAAGCUGUCGGCUAGGCCCCGGCUUCAGAGAGGUGGUAGCUCAGCCUCCCUGCACAACAGCCUGAUGAGAAACAGUAUCUUCCAGCUUAUGAUCCACACACUGGACCCUCUCAGUGAAGAAUUUGCUGAUUCUGUCAUUGUCAGCAGAGAACUGGAAGGAGAGGCGGCCAAAGGAAGAAUUGGUUUUGGGGGUGACCAGAGAGAUAUACCUGCUGGAGCGCGUGCUACAGGAAAAUUCAGAGAAAAGGCAUCCAUCCUUCAUAAGAUUGCCAAAAAGAAAUGCCAAGUAGAGGACAGCGAGAAGGCUAAUGGAGUAGCCAGCCGGUCAGAUAAAAAUCUUCCAAACAGCUCAAAUGUCGAGGUGGAAGUCACACCACCAAUGAAUGGUACUGCAGGACAAGAAGAGGAAGCUCCGGCUGAGGAUGAGGAGGAAGAGGACCAGCCUCUGAGCCUGUCCUGGCCAGAUACCAUGCGCAAGCGUUUCACCUACCUCAUCAUCAUGCCCAUCGUCUUCCCUCUAUGGUUAACACUGCCGGAUGUCAGGAAACCAACUGCAAAGAAGUUCUUUCCCAUCUCAUUUCUGGGUUCUAUCUGUUGGAUUGCUGGAUUCUCCUACUUAAUGGUGUGGUGGGCUCACCAGGUUGGAGAGACCAUUGGGAUUACAGAAGAGAUUAUGGGCUUGACUAUAUUAGCAGCUGGUACCUCCAUCCCUGACCUAAUCACCAGUGUCAUUGUUGCACGGAAGGGGCUGGGGGAUAUGGCCGUGUCCAGCUCUGUGGGCUCCAACAUCUUUGACAUCACUGUUGGCUUGCCGUUCCCAUGGCUCCUCUGGUCCAUUAUCAACAACAUGCGGCCUGUGGCGGUGAGCUCUAACGGGCUGUUCUGCGCCAUUGUGCUGCUCUUUCUCAUGCUCAUCUUCGUCAUCAUCUCGAUUGCUGCCUGCAAGUGGCGGAUGAGCAAGCUGCUGGGCUUCAUCAUGUUCGUGCUCUACUUAGUUUUCCUGGUGCUCAGCGUUAUGCUGGAAGACAAGAUCAUCGCCUGCCCUAUAUCCAUCUGAGACCCCUCCACUCCUGCCACAAAAUGUUCACUCCUUCUACAGGAUACAAGAAGCAUGGGGAUGGGAUAGAGGAAAUACACACAAAAAAAACUUUCAGAAUAAGGGCGCAUGAUUUGGCUCGGCUGAUUCACUGGACAGCUAAACCUGAGCGGAAGUAGAUAAUAAUAAUAAUCAUCAUCAUAAUGAUAAUAAUAAUACAAAAUAUGAUUAGUAUUUUGGGGCGGGGGUUGUAGAUGACCGGGGGAUGUAGUUUUUUGGGAUGGGGGGUGUAUUAGCCAGGUAGAGGAGCAACUAUGCCAUCUUAUGCAUGUCACUUGUUUUACUAGAUCAGUGGACUACUCAGUAGAUUGAGGAGGCUGAAGGAAGUACACAAGAGACUUCUGACAAAGCUGUGGUGGCUGAGCCUGGCAUGAAACACCAGAGGUGCAACAAUAAUACUUUCUGCUUCAGGACAGAUUGUGAGAAACCUUUUUGAAUAAGACUUUGGAUGACACUCUUUAACUGGUUUCACUGACUGACCGGAUGACUUCAGUCGACUUGUCACUCCAGUGUUUGUUGUAUAGUGAGUUUGAUGAUGAUGAAGGGAUGUUGCUGAUACUCCACACAAUGUGUGGAUUCACACAAGACUAAAAUAUGGUUUGGAGCCAUGAUUAUCUCCUCUCUUGUGUACUUAGUGACAGAGCAUCAAAAUACAAAGCUUUCCAAGCAGUUUUGAAUGCAGAGCUGGAGAUAGGAACUGAUUUUUGCAAAUGUAUCUUUUGCUUUGUCCAAAAGACUGAAGUUCAAAUAUUUCAUCUCCCCUCUGGAUGUCAUUGCUCACCAUGUCUGUUCAGAAGAUUCAUGAAUUAUUUUUGGAUUGACACACUAGCUCUAAUUACUAAAAUAGUAGUAGCCCAGUUGUACUGUAGCAGUAACAUGUACUCUAGGCGUUGGAUCUAGCCUCUUCCUGGGUCUUGAUAGGCCUACUUAUGAUCUUAUCCACUUCUCCACCCGCCAUUGGACAUAAGAGUUCAUAUUGUACAGAGCUUGCCAUGCUUCACACACCAAUUGGAAAGGUAAACUCUACUGGAAAUGUUUAACUUGAAACCCAAUUCAAUCAAUUGCAGACAAAUGAAAAAACAUAACAUAUAUGACUCCAUGUUUAAGCUGGAAUAUAAGGACAGAUGUGGUUGCACAUCAAUAUACAAAGACUACAGAUACGAUUCAAAAUUGAGAUAAGCGAAUGAAGCUGAUACUUUUGUAUGAAUCAUUUUUUCAGACCUCAAUUUGGAAUAACGCCAAGAGAUUGGGGUUGUGUCUAUUUUCAAACAUUUAACAACUCUGACACACAGUGUAAAAAUUAUGAGUGAAACCACAGGGUAGUUAAAAAAAGUAAAAUAGUAAAAAUCUGCACUUGAUUGAAUUGGCCUUAUCUGCAGCCUCUCAAACUAUAUAUUAGCUUCCAAUAUUCUUCACUCUGAAUAAGCAACGCAUGUGUAGACUCCGAUAGGACACUCAUAACCAAUAUGUAAAGUCAAAAUACGGUAGCAGAUAAGAUAACUGGCACUCGAUGUUUGAAAUAGUCAUAAAAUGCUAUACUUAGAUUAGUGAACGUUUAGCACACUCUUGAAAUUAAGACUUUAAUAUGCAGGCUCCUAGAGAAGUUUUUAGGAGCAGUAAAAUGCAUGAUACAUUUUCUUGUUAUACAUGCCAGAAUUAUCACUACCCAAAAAAUUAUGAAUUAUCAAAUAUUUAGCAUUUCAAUAUUUCUUUAACGCAAGAGUGUUAGGCUUCUAUGUACAAAUUUACAACAAUGUGUAUGGUUAAUGUCUAUCAACCUUGUGCAAUUUAUUUUCAAUUGAAGGGUGCUUUUGUCUGCAUGUGGGUAGUCUGUAUACUCAUUGUAAAAAUUGACAUUUGAUUAACAAAAAGGUAUCCAGUAAUAACAAAUGAAUGGAGGUUACCAGUAUUUUGCAGCAAAUGUAAAUGUAUUAUUAUAGAAAUCUAAAAUUAUCUAUAUAGUUAGCAAAUCUCAUGCAGUCAUUUUCACAGUCACCCAUAAACUACAGUACAUGGAACAUUGACAUCACAAAACUAACAGCAAUAUACUGUAUACUGUAUGUGUCAGGGUUGGGGUCAAUUCUGAUUCAAAAAAUGUUUUAAAGGAGAGUGGAAUUCCAUUAUCCAUAAGUAUCUUCUGAAUCUUUAUUUAGAAAGUGAAGAAUUAGAUAGGGAACACCGGCGAGGAGGAGGGAAGUCAGCAAGGUUAAUGGGGGGGGGGUUAAAUCAAUGACCGUCAGGGUUGUACAUGUAUGCUUUCUGCUAGGAGUGUUAACAUUGGAUCACACAGUCCAAUUCAAUUCCAGAAUUGUAUUGGCCACACCCCACAGGAAGAAGAAUUUGAAUUGAAUUAAGUGGAAUUGAAUUGAUUAAAAUUCUAUGAAAUUCAAAUGGAAAUGUAAUUUAAUAAAUCCAGAAAUUCAGAAUCGGCCCAAACCCUGGUAUGUGUCAUUAAUAAUUGCAUUUCCAUCCAUUUGACUGCUGUACUUGUUGCGACCUCUAUACCUAUACAUUUAAAAACUAUUUAUCCUGAAAUCCUCCAAAAUGUCUCCAUGUGGCUCAUUUUCAGACAUCUAAACUGGCCAGACACACCUGCAUUACCUCAGUUCUCUCUCUGUAUAUUAGCAAGAAUUGACUGUAAAAUAUGAAUUACUAAAUAAUGUAUGUAUGAGAAAAAAUGCAUGUGAGGAAUUUGGGCUGGUUACCCAUGGGCGACACACAUGAAAUGGAAUUAUGUACUGUACGUUAACCUUAUGCAUAACGCAAAAAUAAGAAAAUACAUAGAAAAUACAUGUAAAUAGAAAAUAUACCUUUAUAAGAUUCCUUACUUGAACCAAUCUAGAACAAAACUCCUUGGUUCAGGUUUGUAUUGUGUUAAAAAAGAGAAUGUUUCAGUGGUAAGAAAACUUUUAUCUUUCAGAAUAUUGAUAUAGUAAGCUUGUUCUCAUAUUAUCAUAGUAUUUUUUUUAAACAAUCAAAUAUGAAGUCACCCUCACACUUCAAGGAUUCACUAAUAUCAUGAUUGAUUGGUUGGAUACUUCACCUGUGUGUACACCACGUUUGUGUAUUGUUUUGCUGGUAUAAAAAAUUAGGGCUUUAGAUACCACAUUGCCUCCUGACAUUUCUUUGUCUAUUACCACUACUAUUUAUACCACUAUUUUUUUUUCCCCUUUUAACUCUACCUGUCUUUAAAGUGUAGGUGCAAAAGUCAAGGGGCAGAUUGGGCUGUCACUGCCAAGGAACCAUUUCCUCUUCCCUGCACGCACGCACACACAUGAAAACACAAGUUAGAAAGCUAAGACAACAGAUAACAGAUGUUUUCCACACACACCUUUUUUUAAAUCUUCACUAUAUAGUGCCCAUUGCCUUAUCCUGUAGUACGAUCCAGAGAAAAGGAGAACUGUGUUCGUGUGGCUAAAAUACAGUACAUGAAUGUGUCAGGCAUAUUCUGUCAUCGAAUCCCUCCCACCCACACUCUCAUUAGUCUUACCUCACCAAACCACUUGUUCUUACCCUUUUUCUCUUAGGUGGGGGUUGAUUUCUUGAGAUCACACUUCCCCAACCUUAGUGAAACUGCCAUUUCAUAGUGCACUUGUACUUUUCAUUCAGCCUCACUUUUCCAGAUUCCCUCAGUGACAUUUAUGUCUGGUGUCAAAGGUACUGUCAAAUAAUAUCGUAUGAGCAGAGGCACUGUUUCCAAAGUUACAUGGUAUAUUGUGUGCCAGCGUGAAUGCAAAAAAUGCAAAAACAACCAGUUUAGCAUGUGAGACUGACAUUGAUUGCAGAUUAUAGGAUAUGAGUCAACCACUAAUACACAUUUUUGCACUGUAAAUGUUUUUAUUUUAUUGGUGUUAAUGUAAGAUUUAUUUAAGGUGUACAUAUAUACAGACAAUUAACCAUAUAAUCUAGAUGUGUAAAACUACUAUGGAAACUACUGUAAAACACAAAGUAUCUAAUACAAUGAAUAAAGGUAACAAGGAAAUUA